ACACAGACAUGCUGAAAUUUCAAGAAACUGCUAAGCAUGUGGCUGCUGCCAGGCUUCAUCCUGCUUGCUCAGGUGCUGUGGUUGCAAGGAGGUACAGCUUUGUGAGGAAACUUGGCAGUGGAAGCUUUGGAAAUGUCUAUCUGGUCUCUGACAGAAGGGCAAAGCAAGGAGAAGAAUUAAAGGUUCUAAAGGAAAUCUCAGUGGGAGGCCUCAAGCCUGAUGAAACAGUUGAAGCCAACCUGGAAGCAGAGCUGCUCUCCAGGUUGGAGCAUCCUGCCAUCCUGAAAUUCCACACGAGCUUCUUGGAGCAGGACAGCUUCUGCAUUGUCACUGAGUACUGUGAGGGUGGAGAUCUGGACUCUAAAAUUCAAGAGUACAAAGAAUCUGGGAAGAUAUUCCCUCAGAGGCAGAUCCUGGACUGGUUUAUACAGCUGUUACUUGGAGUCAGCUACAUGCAUGAGAGGAGGAUUCUUCACAGGGAUCUGAAAGCCAAGAACAUCUUCAUGAAAAACAAUCUCCUGAAGAUUGGGGACUUUGGAGUUUCUUGUCUCUUGCUGGGCUCCUGUGACCUGGCAACCACAUUCACUGGCACACCUUACUACAUGAGUCCAGAGGCACUCAAGCACCAGGGCUACAACACAAAGUCUGACAUCUGUAUGCUGAACAAGAAUCCUGCCCUCAGGCCAGCAGCUGCAGACAUCCUCCAAAUGCCUUACAUUGAGGAGCAGCUCAAGUGCAAGUUCCCAGACCUGGCUGUGCAAGACAAGGCACUGGGCUGGCAGAAAGGAGCUGCUCCCAUUUCUGUGCAGAGGAAGGUUCACCUGCAGACGCUGCAGGAGCUCUCUGAAGUGCAGAAGAUGACCCCACGGGAGAGAAUGAGGCUGAGGAAGGUCAAUGCUGCAGAUGAGAAGGCAAAGAAGCUGAAACAGCUGACAGAAGAGAAAUACCAAGAAAAGAUCAAAAGAAGGCAGGAGCUGAGGACCCAGAGCUGCCAGCAGCUGAGCCCAGGAGCCCUGCAGGGCUCUGAGGAGCAGAGUUCAGCAGCCCUGCCUGAUGCCCCCCCAGCUCCUGCCUGUGGCUCCGUGUCCAGAGGCUGUGGUGAGGCAGGUGGAGAGGAGCCAGCUCAGCUCUGCAUGGCUGACCCCACACACCAUGAGAUCCCUGAAGACCCAGAAACUGCAGAAGAAUAUUACAAGGCUGAGUUUGACUCCUGUUCAGAAGGCAGUGAGGAGGAGGAGGAGGAUGUGGAAGCCUCCCAGAGCCUGAGUAAGGCAGAGCAGCAGGACAGUGACAUUGAGGAAGUUGUCAGGUGUUUGGAGAGUGUCCUGGACAGCAGCCUGCCAGGCUCGGGGACUGGCAGCAGAGUGGCUCCAGGAGCACCCCCGGGGCUCGGAGCGUUCAACAGCACCAUGGCUGAGGCCAAGCUGAAGCACAUGAGGGACCGCGCCGUCGGGAAGCUGGGAGCCGAAGCCUUCGAGGCUGUGUACAGCUGCCUCAAGCAAGCCAGGCAGCAGGGGGCCAGCGAGGAGCAGCUCAGGGGCCGCCUGGAGAAGCUGGCUGCUAGGACAAGUGACUGCUUCGAAGUGGAUCAGCUGCUCUACUUGGAGGAGCAGCUGCAUGCCGCAGGAGGGUGCCUGCAGCUGUAG